AUAGUCAUCAACUCAUUACCAACCACAUGCGCCAACCAACUGCGCCACUAGGAAGAGCAAGACGGCGAGAACAAGGCUGAAUUAAUAUUAAGGGACUAAUCUGCAAACAUGGCUGAAGUAUUUCUUCCUAAGUUAUUCAGUUACAUUGACGAGCAUCAGGAUGACUACGUUAAGAGGCUCGCCGAUGCGGUUGCCAUACAGAGCGUCUCGGCCUGGCCGGAGAAACGAGAGGAAAUCAAACGCAUGCUGGAAGUUGUAGCACGGGACCUGCAAAAGCCCGAGGUUGGAGCAACGAUUGAGCUCGUAGACAUUGGUACACAGAAAUUGGAGGACGGUCGAGUCAUCCCGUUGCCGCCCAUCCUCAUGGGUCACCUUGGCGACGACCCCAAGAAGAAGACAGUCUGCAUCUACGGUCACCUGGACGUGCAGCCGGCCAAACGGGAGGAUGGUUGGGACACGGACCCCUUCGUUCUGACUGAGAAAGACGGUAAGAUGUACGGGCGUGGCUCCACAGAUGACAAAGGGCCGGUCUUGGCAUGGCUGAACGUCAUUGAGGCAUACCGUGCCCUGAAACAAGACAUCCCCAUCAACAUCAAGUUCUGCUUUGAGGGAAUGGAAGAAUCCGGCUCUGAGGGCCUUGAUGAAUUGAUUGAGAGUCGCAAGGACACAUUCUUCAAAGACGUUGAUUACGUGUGCAUCUCCGACAACUACUGGCUGGGCAAGAAAAAGCCCUGUAUCACGUACGGCUUGAGGGGAAUUUGCUAUUUCUUCCUGGAAGUGGAGUGCGCGAAAAAGGACCUGCACUCUGGCGUCUACGGUGGCUCUGUGCACGAAGCCAUGACGGAUUUGAUCGCCCUGUUGGACAGUCUGGUGGAUGUCACAGGUCAGAUCAAAGUGCCUGGCGUGUACGACCAAGUCGCUGAGCUGACCGAGGAAGAAGAGAGCCUGUAUGGACCCAUCGACUUCGACCUGGAGGACUACCGUCAGGAGAUUGGCACCGAUCGGCUCCUUCACGACACCAAAGAAAAACUCCUACAGCAUCGCUGGCGCUACCCGUCUCUAUCCAUCCACGGAAUUCAGGGGGCCUUUGACGGAGCCGGUUCCAAGACUGUGAUCCCUCGCAAAGUGAUUGGGAAAUUCUCCAUCCGUCUUGUACCCCGCCAGUCACCUACCGAGAUUGUGGAGCUGGUUAUCAAGCACCUGACCGACAUCCACAGUGCACGAGGUUCGCCCAAUAAAAUAAACAUUUCGUCUGGCCACGCGGGAGAAAGUUGGCUGAGCGACUUUGACCAUCCUCACUACCUUGCUGGCCGCAGGGCCAUCCAGACAGUGUUUGGCAUGGAGCCGGACAUGACCCGCGAGGGUGGCAGCAUCCCCGUGACCCUGACUCUCCAGAACGCGACCAAUAAGAACGUGAUGCUGCUCCCCAUGGGCGCCUGCGACGACAGCGCGCACUCUCAGAACGAGAAGAUGAACCGUUCCAACUACAUCAACGGGAUCAAGCUCCUUGGAGCCUACUUUGAGGAGGUGGCUAAACUGGAUUAAAAGCCAGCAAACCAGGUUAAAGGGAUAAAGAUUGCAUCAUA